AUGGAAGUACGUAUUGUUACCAGUAAUCCUAAUAAAGCAAAAGAAAUUAACGAAAUUUUAAAGGACUUAGGACUUCAAAUUGGAAUAGUUAAUAUUAAUUUAAUGGAAAUUCAAGAAACUCCAUUAAAUAUUAUUGAGUAUAAAGCUAAAGAAGCUAUUAAACGUUCUAAUACUCCAGUUAUUGUUGAAGAUGUUAGUUUCAAUUUAAAGUGUAUGGGAGAAUUACCAGGACCAUAUAUUAAAUAUUUUGUACAAAGUAUUGGACCAGCUGGAUUAUAUAAAAUGGCAAAAGGGUUUAAUGAUUACAGAGCACAGGCUAUUCUUUCUAUUGGAUUAACCCGUAAAGAAGAUGAUGAGGUAGUAAAGAUUCAAGCCAUUAUUGAAGGUAAAGUAGUUGAGCCAAGAGGGUCAAAUGGAUUUGGGUUUGAUAGUUGUUUUAUUCCAGAAGGAUACGAUAAAACAUACGCAGAGAUGAGUGAAGCAGAAAAAAAUAAAUGUUCUCAUAGAGGAGUUGGAUAUCGUAAAUUAGCACUUUGGUUAAAAGAACAUCCAAAUUAUUUUAAAUAA